UCACCGUUAUUAUGUAAAUGCACAUGUCGUACCUACAUCAGUUGCGCGUGAGCGUCCACUACGUUUCAACUUAUCGAUUUAUCCUCAAAGUAUUAAAAAUUAUAGUGAUGUAUUAAAUAUAGUAGAAAUAUAGUGUUCUAUUUUUAUUUAAAAGGCGUCGUGGCAAUGAUCUGUGUUUGAUUAAGUAGAAAUCGAACUGCGAACAAUGUCUCAACCUGGCUACACGAUAGCACCGGUACAGAAAGAAGAUGCCGAUGAUAUCAUGGAUUUACUUAAAAGAACAUUCUUCAUAGACGAACCCCUCAACCAAGCAAUUGGAUUGUGCGAAAACGAAACCUGUACAGAAUUAGAAGAAUACUGCUCAGAGUCUAUGCUAAAAGGCCUGUCGUUCAAAGCAAUCGAUGCUGAUGGAAACAUAAUAGGUGUUAUGAUUAGUGGAGUAUGCCCUUUAAAAGUAGAAGACGACGACAACUUAUUAAGCCAAGCUGAGAGGUGUCAAAAUCCCAAAUUCAAGAGGAUAUUGUACAUACUAGCGCGAAGAGAAGAAGGUUCUAAACUACACGAACAAUUUCCAGAUGACGAGCAUAUUGUGGACGUAAAAGUGGCUGCCACGGAUCCCAGUUGGAGACGGCGUGGGAUUAUGAAGGAACUUGUUAGGGUGACCGAAAAAGCCACAAAACAGCGAGGUAUCCGUCUACUCCGUAUGGACACAUCGAGUGCCUACUCCGCGAUGUCUGCUGAGAGACUAGGCUUCACGUGUUAUUACGACGCUUUAUACAAAGAUAUUACCAUGGAUGGUCGACCUAUCAUAGUGCCAGAACCACCGCAUGUGAACGAUAGAGUCUACAUAAAAACGUUGUUUGAAAAACCUUAAUAUAUUGUUUACUGUCGAGAG